AUGUCGAGAAGGGAGGUGCUGAGAAAGACAUUUGUGUCUAACAAUAGCCGAAUGGAGACUCCAUGGAGCUGCUUUCCCAAAUCUAUACUUCCCACAGGAUUACAAGCUGGGAGAAUGGAUGCUAAGGUUACAGCAUUGGGCAUUACAUCUUUCGGGUCAUGGGUUCAAGAUGGCUCCGGGUGUGGGGAGGAUUUUGUCGGACCUCAUGCUUAG